AUGGCGAACCUACCUCCUGGAACCCACGUUCUCUCUGAGGGCCAUCUCCCCUCAAUCCGCGAUGACUUCUCCCGCCGUGUGCAAAACCAACCCGAUGGUGACCGGUUAGGCGCUACCCGUAAGGAACUGGCGGAUAUAGCUUACGGCCCCACCAAAAUCCCGCUCUUCAACUUCCUACUUCAACUCACAAUCCUAAACCCUCCUGCUCGAACCUCGUAUCUUGAAAUAUCGCGGUUUCUUGCACUCGAAGCAUGCGUCCCUGUCGAUUCGACCGAUUUGAGUGGCACAACUGCAUUUAUGCAUUCAAUAUCCACAAAACCAUAUUGGGAUCCUGAGUUCGCGGGCAUCAUGCUGAAGGCUGGUGCCGAGAUCAAUCGGAGGAAUAGAUAUGGCUGUGUUGCUGCUCAUGAUAUCGUUAUGGCGAGGGAUUAUAGCACAGCUGGUCAGAGGAAGACAGUUGAGGCGCUGAAGUGGUUUGUGGAGAACGGCGGAGAUUUGGAUAUCAAAUGUGGCGACGGGGUCAGUCCCAGGAAGAUGGGGAUAGUCCCAGGAAGAUGGGGAUGUCGGUUUCGAGGUUAG